AUAGAAACACCCGUCCCUAGCUGGCCUUGUCGGUCACGAAAAUCUCCGGGGAGGAAACGCCCCUCCCUAGCUGGCCUUGUCGGUGACGAAGAUCUCCGGGGAGGACGGGUCGGACUCCUUGCCGGUGAGGCCGUCGAUGUCGGGGCGGGUGGCGCACAGCCAGCCGAGGACGUGGUCGAAGCUGCGGUUCUCCAUGACCACCACCAUCACCGUCUUGACGGGGCAGUGGAUCUCGCGCUUCUUGCGCCACCGCUUCAGUCGCGGGCCGUGGUGGCCCCCGCCGUCCAGGCAGUGCGCGGAGACCAUCAGGGCCAGCAGGAGGAGGCCGACGAGGAGGCGCCGCUCUCCGGCGGCGGCCAUGGCGCCCGAGCGGCUCACGACGGCGCCGGAGCACGCGCAGUCCAUCACUCGCACCAUCUGCGACGUCGUCAAGGAGCACGACCCCCUCACCAUCUCUGACAUUUGGGAUCACGUCAAGGACAUAGGGCUGAGUGGUUUGACAAGCAAGAGGCAGAUGAAGAUCAUGCUGCGGUGGAUGAGGGAGAAGCAGAAGCUCAGGCCCAUCUGCGACCAUGACGGGCCUCACAAGCAGUUCCUCUACACGACAUGGUUCACCAACCCCAAGAAUGCGCCGCAGAGGCCCAACAGGGAGCUCAACAGGGAGCAGCCCAAGCCAUGAACGCACUCAUCUUGACCGAUGUAGGCCAUAUUUGGCUUACACCUUGCUAAUGAUUUUUCCUGGAUUUGUAGACAAAGCUGUUAAUCAUAUAUGGUGCUUAUAGCUGAAAUACUGUGAAUGAUACCACGUUGUGAAUUAUGCAUAAAUAAAUAACCCAAAACAAUUUGUUUUUUCCGUUGUA